UGGGAGUGAUGUACUCGAGUAUUUCAGUGAGACAGUCGCGUCGGUUAGUCGCUUAGCAUUCUGAGCUUCGGAGAGACGUAUAGUGCAACACCGUGCUACUGUACCGAGUGGAUUUUAUAAACGUUUUCUUAUAACACUUGGAUGCAUCUAAGUUCGAUUCAGUUGGCGUGCGCGGCACUGGUGGCGGUGGCCCUGGGCGCAGCGGCGCCGCCCUCGUCGUCGCACCACGUCGCGCGGCGCUCCUUCUUCACCCUUGAAUGCAAAGGAGUUUACGACGCGGCCAUCUUUGCCCGCCUCGACAGGAUCUGCGACGACUGCUACAACCUUUUCAGGGAACCACAGCUCUAUAAUCUAUGCAGGGAGAAAUGUUUCACGUCACCCUACUUCAAGGGAUGCAUGGAGUCUUUGUACCUAUACGACGAAAAGGAACAAAUUGAUCAAAUGAUCGACUUCGUCGGUAAACGCUAAUACGACAACCGCGAGACAGUACCGACGCAUCUACCGUAUAAUAUAACUACGCAGUUUUGUACCAACUUCCAACGCAACGGUUCACAGCCGCUUUGCAAUAAAGCAGACCACAUACGUGUUCCCUGCGAACAUCUGCUUUUUUCCUCAACAUAUUCUAGUCCUUAAGCGACGUAAAUAGUUUUAUGUUCGCAACUAAAUAUAAUGUUAUUGUAAUUCGUAUUAAGUAAUACUAAGGACAUUUAUUAUCUAUUUUAUGGUUUAUAUGUUAUUAAAUGUUGUAAGCUUCUUAUGUAGAGAAGUGUAGGUAAAGUACAUUGGAUCACCUCCUAGUAAUGAAAUUGGAAAUUGAGGCAGCCUUCGGUGUCGAUGCUGGUCAUCUAUUCUGUCUCGUAACAUCCGACUGAGAUUAUUAUAUUGUCUAGGUGUCCUUCUGAGAUGUGAUCUGAGGGUGUGGACGGCUGGUUGCUUGCUCAGCUUCCCUCCAGCUUCGCCCGGUGACCGUCUCGUCCUCCGACACACGUCUCAUAAAGACAACUAGUUUGCGACGCAUUCCAAUCACAGUAUUUAAAAGAUUACUUACGCUUUUUUCAAUCUACAGUACGUUGUAUCACAUUUUUCUAUAACAUUUUGACUAUGUUAAAGAACCUUACUUUAGUUCUUACAGGAUAGUAUUUUUAUAAAUAGGUAGGUUCUAAACCAAUAUCACUACAUUGCUAAACGAAUUCGAACUUAAUUACCAAGGAACAACUUCGGUUUUAGUUUAAUUGAAAUUUAGCAUUCACAAUAUGUUGCUAGAUAGUUUAUAAAUAUGUAAAUCACGCAUGUGGCUUAUACAUCACUUAGAUAUAGAUCGACAAACUCAGGGAGUUUAUUGUUUUAAUUUUCAUUCGCGUUUAUUUAUUUAUUAGGGUUCUGAUAUACUAGAAGGGGCAGUUUUACUAACUGAUUUUAUAUAAAACCUUCCAAUUUUAAAAUAAUAGACAUGUUAAUACAAAAAGUAAUAUUUCUGGUUACCUUUAGUUAGUGAAACUGUUCCUUUACAACUGCAGGCAGACUACAGUUUGUACAGACGACAGUGAGGUUAUGCUGGUCGUGUCAGCCUGUCUGUACAAACGCUAGCUCGCCAGACACAAUAUUACCGAAAUUGUGCUCACUGCGCUUUAAUCUGGAUUCGAUUGCCAAGCGAGUUUUUAACGAUUAUUUUUAUUAGUUAAUUUCACUAGUAAGUAAGUAUUUAAAAAAGAUUUAUUUUUAUAUACUUCCGACCUAUUUAUUACCUAUUGUUACUUUUUAUUUAUAUUUUUUUAUUAAUAAGUAUGAAUAGAAACUUCCGUGCAGCGAUAAUGUACCAGUGUAGAAAGUAGUUAACUGUACUCAUAUUAUAUUUCUGAUUUUGUAUUAUCUUUAAGUUGCGGUUUAUACUUAUUUAAAAGUUUUCUUUUUGUAAAUUCCGCUGUAACUCUUGUCUGUGUUCGAAUCUCAUCUUUGUUAAGUUUAUUAGCGUUUCUUACAUUGACAUACUUGUAAUUAUAUCGACACAGUUUGUGAAGAAUAGUUUCGACACAUGAGAGUCUGUCCUGAGACGAAUAUGAAAUGGUGCCAAUUAUUGUCAGCAAGACACUAGGUUAAAACAAUUAGCUAAUGGUAUAUAAACAAUUUAUAGGACGCGUUUGUAAAAAUGAAUUAGUAAAUUAUUAUAAAUAAUUGUAUAAAUUUUAUAAAAACAGCUAAGAAACGCUACGGGUUCCAUGAAAUAUAUUUGAUUUGA